AAGCAUGGCUCAGCUAAAGUCAUCUACGUCGAACGAAGCAAAAAGUGAUACCUACUCCAAGCACAACUUUGAGCCGGACGAUGAGGAAGUAUCGAUGAUAUUCGGGUUCGAGGAAAAUGAUGCCCGCCAGAAGCUGCAUAAUUUCCCGAAAUGUUCGCGUUUGGUAAUCAGUCCCGAUCUGCAGGCCGAGCUCGGUAUGGAAAUCGGCACCGCCGUCAGUGUGGAGCACCCAUGGAAGGAGAUCAAGAAGGAGAUGCUGGAGGACCAUUUGCCGGGCAAAACGAAGGUGCAGCGGCAGCUAAAGGACAAACUGAAGGACAUGGAAACGGGCAAGCUGAUCUUGGUCGGCUAUCUGCCGGACCAGAGCACCGAGGAGGAGGACCUGUUUGCCGUGUUUACCGACAACCGGGAAACGCGGGAAGCUCGCGAGCUGAUACGGCGCUUGGAGUUGGUGGAACGGUUAGCAGCGGCGGCAGCGAUGAGGAAGAAGCCGCGCCGAUGGCAGUCACGUGGCAGUGAGCAGGAUGUGGAAAACUUUAUCCCCUUGCAGCGUACGAACGUAGUGAACGUGGAGUCGCAAAGCAUCUACCCGGCACAGCGCGUAGGUUCGUUUCGCCGGUUUCAGCUGCGGAUGGUUGGGGAUGCACGGGACGGUUACGUGGAGCUCGUGCCAAAAACCGUGUUCCGCAACAUUGUCCGUAAGUCGAUCGACUUUGGCGUUCAGCUGCGGCCACAGAAGGUGCACACGUUCCAGCAGACUGAUCCAACGUUCCCGACCAAUGCUUGGUCGCAGUACCUGUACGAGAUUGGUAGCGAACCGAAGAUGAGCACGACGACGACCACGGCAACCACCACUACGGCAGCGGCCGGUAGUGUCGGUCCCACCGGUCAACCAGUGUCCCCAAGCGAUCACGUCGAGCAACUGCUCCAUACGCUCGAGUUCAACCAGAUCGAUAUGUACAGGAACGAUUAUCCGAUAAUUUCGCGUCACAAGUCAAUCGCCAAGUACGAAACACCGAUUGUGGAGGAAACGAUGUGCUUCAUGGAUCGGUCCACCUGUGCCAACAGACACGUGUCCGCCAUCGAGUGGCAUCCUCAGCUGACGGGCACAUUUGUGGCCGCCUACGUUCACCACAUUCCAAGCGUGCUGAUGACGGUACCGAUUACCGGGAGUGCGUCUGACGGACAGGAGGCUGCCGCUGGCAUGCGGACGAUACCCUCGGGAGCAACGGUUGGAGCAGCCGGUGGCAGGGAAGACGCAAUCAAUCGUCUUGUUUUCGAAAAGUGUCCCGUUCUGGCGUGGAACUUUGAGGAAUCGCUCAUGCCGAAGCUCUGGCUGGACUCACCCCGCGAGGUGACAGCACUCUCCUUCUGUCCGUACGAUGGCCGUCUGCUGGUGGGCGGUCUUUCCAGCGGACAGAUCGCCAUCUGGGAGCUGACGGAUGCGCAACUAGAGCACACUGGACCACGGACGGGUGGCCGUGAGCACAAACACCAGGGACACCAUCCAGCCCCGGACACGUAUCGCAACGAAAUCAAGCUACUGCUGGGCAAUGCAACGCCCACAAAUCGUCUGGCCCGGGGCCGUACGGCCAGUGCCGGUGGGCAGGAGCACACCACACUGCAAGACGGUACAGGCGCACCGGAAACGCCGUGGCAUGUGCGUCCGGCCGUCAUCAGCGCCCUAGAGCGAUCGGCACGCAAACCGAUCACCGUGAUCCGCUGGUUGCCACAGAACUAUCACGCCGUUACCACCGGACAGCUGCGCGUCAACAGUGCCGAGGAUGGACCGGGUCGAUUCCUUCUGACGGCCGCACUGGACGGAACCGUCUCCAUCUGGAAUCUCGACCUGCCGGUUCCGGCCGCACUGUCCGCCCACGACAAACAGCAGGGCGCCGGUGAGCUGGAUACGGUCGGCGAAACGACACCGACCGGUGGUGGACUGGCCCGACUGAACCAUGUGUUCCAUCCGACGUAUCGGGUACGGUGCGAAGUGCCGAUCGUGACGCUGGCACUGGACGAGCAGCCGAUCGCGUUACGCGGUGGUGGACCGUCCGGUGCGUUCCAGCUGCCACCGGUCAUCUGCCACCAGGCAUUCAUUGCCGGCACCCUGCUCGGUGGGCUGUUCUGGGGCAAAUGGGACGGGUACGAGUUCGAUCAGGGUGCAGUCGUGAAUGAGGAGCCGAUGCGCGACCGGGACACCUUUGCGGCGGUACACAACGGGCCACUGGUGGCGAUCGCACGAAACACCUUCGUGCCGGAAGUGUUGCUGACAGCGGGCGGCACCGUGUUGGCUCUCUGGACGGUCGAUUGUCGCCAGUCGCCCAUCUUCUGGCGUGUGAAGCCUGCUGCCGUGACCGCCUGCGUGUGGAGUCUCGAUCGGCCAUCGGUGUUUUAUGUCGGAUUGGCGAACGGUGACUUGGAGAUAUGGGAUCUGCAAAUACACACGUCGACGCCCUGCGUUACACUAAACCUCGGUGCGAAUGUGCUGUCCAUCAUCACACAGCAGCAUCAUCGCCGCACUCCCCAUCGCCACCUGGCGGUGGCCGACGGUAACUGCAACGUCCGAUUGCUGAGCAUCCCGGCCGCCUUUGCCGAACCACGGCCCAGCGAACGGAAGCGAUUUCGGCAGCUGAUACGUGCGGAGUUGGCGCGCAAACACGACCAGUCCGCCUGGGUCCAGCGGUACUACGAGCAGAACCGUGAGCAGAUCGAGGCAAAAUUGCGCGCAGAACGUGAGGCACGCGAACUGGCCGAACGGCUCGAGGUGGAAAAGCAGGAGCACGAUGAUUUCCUGCGCCGGCAGGCGAUCGAGGAAGCGAAGAAGAAAGCGCUCCGCGAUGCGGAAAAGCGUGUCGAUCUUAGCCGUCGGCUUGAGGGCCGGUGGCGGUCGCGCUACUACCGGGCACUCAUCCGGACCAUGAUGGCCCGACGCCAUCUUAGCCCGGAGCUGUUGGCCAAGCAAAUGCAUCCGGAGCGCGAACGGCGCCGGUACGAUGUGCGGAAGCGGGCAACAAUCGGUGAGAGUGUUGCGGCCGCCCCCGGCGACUAUCGGCGCGUGCAAACGUCGCUAGAGCCGGAAGAGGCCCGGGCUAGGGUGGCGCUAACGGUCCGCGAGGAAGCGACCCGGCUGCGGGAAACGGUGCGUGCCCGGUUUCAGGAGGAGUUGAGCGACUAUCCACGCGUCAGCUGGGAGGCGAAGGAGGUCCUGCGUAACUUCCGCUUACCGCUCGAGCUGGACAGUGUGGUGAGCAUCAUUGCUAAGGGUCGUGCCCGCCGUGAGCUGGUGCUGUCGGACGAUCACGGCAAUUUGGAGCAUCUGCAGACGUACCUGGCAAAGCAGACGGCCCGUGGUUCGGCUGCUGAUGGAGACGGCAUGGAUGGGCCAGCCAAUGGCGAAGAGACGGACAGCAACGGUACGAACGUGAGUCCGGAGGGGCGACGUGCGGUUGGAUUGCAACGGGCACGCUCGGUGACGUUUAUUGACGACGUGCCGAAACCAAGUCCCGACCUGCAGGGCUAGAACGAAGCGGGGAAAGG